AUGUGGCAGAGUCUGAAGAGGAAGGCGACGACAGCCGCAAGAUCCCCACAACGGCACUAUCCCGAUGCUCGGCGGCAUCAAUUGAGGGUGACUCUUCCCAACUCGGACUCCGGAGCCCGCGGCGAGUCCAACCUUGACCUGUACUACUCCAUGGCGCUUACACGGUUCGGUCGGCCCAGGUGUGGUGUCAACAACGCGGCAAAGGUCAUCUUGGUGUCGUACAUCAGCAACGAGAAUGCCUAA